CGCUCCUCCGGGGAGCGCCACCCGGGAAGUCCCUGCAAACGCCCUGGCCCGCACACCGGAUCGCGCCGCGGGGAGCGACGGUCCCCGGAGCCGUGAGGAGCUCGGACCCGGGGCAGUCCGCGGGGAGGGUUGCGAGGAUGCCGAGCAGAAAAUGCAAUCUGCUGCUGCUUUCGCCGGCCUCCCCGUGGUGCAGACAAGGAGAACUUAGUACUCCGGGUCCGGGCAGCUCCGUGCUCUGUGGGGACGCUCUUCUAAGCGACAACAGAAACGGGCACUCUCUCCCCGGCCCCAGGUGGGGAAAGGCAGGAAAGAAGUGAAACUUCGUGAGUCAGCGCGGCGCAGGCCAGCCCGGCCCGCCCCAGACGCGCCGCCCAUCGCCGGGACCCGGGGCCAGUGCGGGGCGGAGGCGUGGAGGCGCGGCCCGGGCGCGACGGGCGGAGUCCUCGUGGGUGGGCUCUCCCCGGCCCGGCCGCCGGCACAGCGCGGCGGGCAGGCCUGAGCCAUGGCCGACGGGGCGGCGCAGCCGGGGGCCGAGCUGCUGGCCUUCGAGCUAUUCCGGGAGGCGAGCGCGCAGCCCCUCGCCUACGGCUACGGCCACGGCCCGCGCGGCCUGCGGGAGCUGCGGGCGCGAGAGUUCGGGCGCCUGGCAGGAACUGUCUACCUUGACCAUGCAGGAGCCACGCUGUUCCCCGAGAGCCAGCUCCGGAGCUUCACUCGUGAUCUCCUGGAGAAUGUUUAUGGUAACCCUCACAGCCAGAGCAUCAGCAGCAAGCUCACCCAGGACACCGUGGAGCAGGUGCGCUACAGGGUCCUGGCGCACUUCCACGCCUCCCCAGAGGACUACAGCGUGAUUUUCACCGCCGGGAGCACGGCUGCCCUUAAACUGGUGGCGGAAGCCUUCCCGUGGGUGUCCCGGGGCCCCGGGAGCAGCGGGAGCCUGUUCUGUUACCUCACCGACAGCCACACCUCCGUGGUGGGCAUGCGGAUGGUCGCCACAGCCAGGAGUGUCACUUCCAUCCCGGUCAGGCCGGAGGACAUGUGGUCGGCGGAGAAACGGGGUGCUGCCGCCAGCGACCCCGACUGCCAGCUUCCGCAUCUCUUCUGUUAUCCGGCUCAGAGUAACUUUUCUGGCACCAGAUACCCUCUGUCCUGGAUAGGAGAGGUCACGGCGGGGCGCAUGUGCCCGGUGAGCGCGCCCGCACCGGGGCGGUGGUUCGUGCUGCUGGACGCAGCCUCCUACGCCAGCACCUCCCCUUUGGACCUGUCGGUGCACCAGGCGGAUUUCGUCUCCCUCUCCUUCUACAAGAUCUUCGGCUUCCCCACCGGCCUGGGGGCGCUGCUGGUGCACAGUCGGAUGGCUCCCCUGCUGAGGAAAACCUACUUUGGAGGAGGCACGGCCGCUGCAUACCUGGCGGGAGAAGACUUCUACAUCCCCAGGCCGUCGGUGGCAGAAAGGUUUGAGGAUGGCACCAUCCCGUUCCUUGACGUGAUAGCGCUCAAACACGGAUUUGAUGCCCUAGAGCGCCUCACAGGUGGCAUGGAGCAUGUGCAGCAGCACACCUUCACCCUGGCUCGGUACACCUACGCCGCCCUGUGCUCCCUCCGGUACCCCAACGGGGCCCCGGUGGUGCGCAUCUACAGCGACUCUGAGUUCCGCAGCCCCGAGGUGCAGGGCCCAGUCAUCAAUUUUAACGUGCUCGACGCCAGCGGGAACGUCGUUGGUUACUCCCAGGUGGAGAAGAUGGCCAGUCUUUUCAACAUCCAGGUGCGCACGGGCUGCUUCUGCAACACGGGGGCCUGCCAGCGGCACCUGGGGAUCAGCGACGAGAUGGUCAAGAAGCACCUUCAGGCUGGUCAUGUCUGUGGAGAUGACGUGGACCUCGUCGAUGGGCAGCCGACAGGGUCUGUGAGGAUUUCAUUUGGAUACAUGUCUACUCUUGAGGAUGCCCAAGCCUUUCUCAAGUUCAUCAUAGCCACCCGACUGCGCCCGCAACGUAGCCAACCUGUUCCUCAGGCCGCCUCUGGGGAGGCUGGCACUGCACCAGCAGAGAGCGAGGCUCAGACUGUGCCCGCCACUGGGCACAGACCUAGUCCCUCUCCUCGGGAAGACACCCCCACAGCCUCCAGGGCCGGGAAUGACUGGCCCCCUGCCGUGGGUGCUGUGUGUUUGCGCCCGCCUCUACCGGAGGCCACCAGGACCCUGCAGGCCCCUCCAGAGAAAGCGGCAGCAGCCCCGGGUGGGGGCCUUGGGCCACAUGUCAUCACCAACCUUUUCCUCUACCCCAUCAAAUCCUGUGCUGCGUUUGAGGUGACGCAGUGGCCUGUGGGACACCAAGGGCUGCUGUACGACCGGAGCUGGAUGGUUGUGAACCACAACGGCGUUUGCCUGAGUCAGAAGCAGGAGCCACGGCUGUGCCUGGUCCAGCCCCGCAUUGACCUGCAGCAGAGGAUCAUGGUCGUUAGAGCCAAAGGAAUGGAGCCUAUAGAGGUGCCUCUUGAGGAAAACGGUGAAUGGGUUCAGAUUUGCCAAAGCAAGGUCUGUGCGGACAGGGUAAAUACUCAUUAUUGCGGAGAAAAAAUUUCAAGCUGGUUGUCAAGGUUUCUGGGCCGUCCAUGUCAUUUGAUCAAACAAAGCUCGGACUUUCAGAGAAACGCAAAGAAGAGCCAUGGCAAAGGGCAGACUGCUGGAACACCAGCCACCCUUUCUCUGGUGAAUGAGGCCCAGUAUCUGCUGGUAAACAGAUCCAGUGUUCUGGAACUUCAGCAGCAAUUAAGCGCCAGUGAUGAGAGCGGAAGGGAGGAAUUAUUCCCAAUGACAGAGCUCAUCUCACGUUUCCGUGCCAAUAUUAUUACCAGUGGAGCAAGUGCUUUUGAAGAAGAGAAAUGGGAGGAGAUUUCAGUCGGUUCCUUGCAUUUCCAGGUUUUGGGGCCUUGUCACAGAUGCCAGAUGAUUUGCAUUGACCAGCAAACUGGGCAACGAAACCAAGAUGUUUUCCAAAAGCUUUCAGAGAGUCGAGAGAGAAAGGUAAACUUUGGAGUGUACCUGAUGCAUAUGUCUUUGGAUAUUUCUUCUCCAUGUUUCCUGUCCGUAGGAUCUCAGGUGCUCCCUGUGUUGAAAGAAAAUGUAGAAUGCCACGAUUUACCUGCUUCUGAGAAACAUCAGAAUGUUGUCUCCUAAGAUUCUUUUUUUUCCAGCUUAAAUUAAAAUUUCUCUUUUCCAACUAUC